GCGUGCGUGCUCAGAGCCCAGUACUACGGCGCUCUGAAGCACGCUGCACGCAAAGCUGAAGCGUCCAAGACGAGAAGAAAAGUCUACCUCAUGCCCUUGGGAGGCGGCGUCUUCAACAAUUCGUGGGAGCUGAUCGCCAGGAGCAUGGCGACCGCCAUCGAGAUGCUGGAAGACCGCGAGUUCGAAAGCCUGGAGAUUCAUCCUUUGACAUGGUCUGGGUCUGCAAAGGAGAAGAGCAGUCUGGAGGCGACCUUCAAAGCGUUGCUCCAGAAAUAG